CGCCACGCGGCUCUUCCAUUUUCAGAGGGUCGAAUCCUGGAACUUCAUUCCCCGGAUGGAGUGCACGAGUGCUGGUUGAGAGCCGCGGAUAACGCGGAGGCGAACGUGUGGUUCAACGCUCUGCACUCGGCACUGGCAGCUCUCACGCUCAAGGCACUGCGACUGGCGUCCGCGCUUCCGGAUCCGCCGCAGCUUCAGCACAUUGGCUGGCUCGCGAGGAGACACUGUCUUCAGGUGAGUGAUCCCGCUCGUUUCGUCCCUCGAAAACCGAGGAUCGAGGGUGAAAGCCCCGUGCGCACGAAGAUGGAUCCGCGUUCGUUCGAG